GAAGGACGUGCGUGUCCACGAGGGUGGCGAGGCGGUGCUGGAGUGCGAGGUCAGCAACCUGGGCGGCCGCGUCCAGUGGACCAAGGACGGCUUCGCGCUCGGCUUCUCGUCGGUGAUCCCGGGCUUCCCGCGCUACUCGGUGAUGGGCGACGCGCGCGCCGGCGUCUUCAACCUGCGUAUCAGCAACGCCACGCUGGACGACGACGCCGAGUUCCAGUGCCAGGUGGGGCCGGCGCGCCUCCACAAGGCCAUCCGCGCCAACGCCCGCCUCACCGUCAUCUCUCCUCCGUCUUCCAUAGAAAUCGUCGACCACCCACCAAAUUCGAAGAUAGAGAUAAAAGAAAACGAGGAAUUCGAGCUGGUGUGUCAGGUGAAGAACUCUAAACCGGCCGCUAAGAUAAUAUGGUACCGAGGAAACGUCGAGCUCAAACUGGAGAAACGUGUAGAUACAACAACAGAAGUGAAUGCUGGUGCCAAUGGACGUGCAAAACGCUAUAACGUACUGAGUCGAAUCAAGUUGCGACCAACAGCAGAAGAUGACUAUGCAGACUAUACUUGUGAAGCUCGCCACGAGGCUUUACCACCUGACAUGCCACUCCGUGUCACUGUGCAGCUCAGUGUCCUCUAUCCACCAGGCGUACCAUACAUUGAGGGCUACACAGAAGGUGAGGUGAUCAGACGAGGCCAGACAGUUGAAUUGGUUUGUCGAUCUCGAGGAGGGAACCCACCAGCACAGCUCAUUUGGUACAAGAAUGGCGAGCAGAUCCGCAUGGCUUACCGUACUGCUGGUCGUCUCUCUGAAAAUGUGUACUCAUUCACAGCAGAUGCUAGUGAUAACAAUGCACACUAUCGCUGCCAGGCAUCCAAUAUUAUGAGUCCUGCUCCAUUGAAGGCUGAUGUCACACUCACUGUUUUAUUUGCACCAGCACAGGUGAGCAUCUCAGGCCCAACAGAAGCACGUGCUGGUGAUGAGGUGCAGCUUACUUGCACUACAGCUAAUAGCAACCCACCUGCCGAGAUCAAGUGGAUGGUGGGUGGCCGCCAUGUACGCAAUGCCACACAGCGAGUGAUUCCCUCACCAGACGGUGGACACAUCACGACCUCCAACAUCACUGUAACUGUUGCCCAUAACCGUCGUUCAGUUGUCGUCAUCUGCCAUGGUCUCAACAUGCAGCUCACUGAAAAUGUCGUCAGCACACACACCAUCAAUGUGUUACAUCCCCCAGGACCACCAAUUAUACAGGGAUAUACUGAGGGAAGCAUACAUGCUGGAACUGUUCAGAAAAUUUCCUGCAUCUCAUCGGGGGGAAAUCCUUUGGCAACUCUAACAUGGUACAAAAAUGACAAAAAGAUAAGCUCAACAACAAAAGUCAGUGAUCGUUCUGUAUCUGCUGAAAUAACCAUUUUAACAAAUGUAUCUGACAAUGAGGCAAGAUACAGAUGUGAAGCUUCAAACUCGGCAACUGAAAUACCUCUGUUUCAGAUUAUCACAUUAAAUGUGUACUUUCCUCCAGACCAUGUGGUGAUCCGCAAGGAGCCAGAGAAACUAACACCUGGUGUGAGAGCAACUCUGACCUGUGAUUCGAGCUCCAGUAAUCCUGAAGCAGAAUUAAGUUGGUGGCGAGAGGGCAUUGCUGUUCCAGGAGUCACCAAUGUUACUCGCCCUGGUCUGCAUGGAGGCAAGGUGUCAAGCAUAAUGCUAAAUCUUGACGUGACUCCAGAAUUGGAUGGCAAUGUAUACACAUGUCAGGCAACAAAUACAGCAAUGCAGAGGAGUGUUCAUGAUGCCUUCACAUUGCACGUUUUUUAUAAGCCAGUCUUUGAAGAGGCUCCAAAAGACAUGCAGACUGGUGUGGAAGGUGAAAGCCUUGUACUGUCAGUGAAAGCAAAAGCACACCCUGGAGAUAUAGUUUACACGUGGACAAAAGAUGGAAAUGUUGUAGGGAAAAGUGAUGAGUCUCGUAUCAUAACAGAGGGUCCAGUGUUGAACAUUACCCAACUACAGAAGGAUGAUGCUGGCUCUUACACUUGUGAGGCAAUUAACAGUGAAGGAGCUACCUCAGUCACCAUUAAUGUCACAGUCCAAUAUGCUGCAAUUGUCAGGGAAGCACCAGAGUCAAUAAUGGUGGCACCUGGAGAAGAUGCACAUUUAUAUUGUGUUGUUGAUGGAAAUCCUCUAGCAAAAAAGCACAUCACUUGGAAACACAAGGCAUUCUCUGAAAGCGAUAUGAAAAAGCGAACUAGCUCAUCUUUCAGAAAUGGCACUUCAUAUUUAGAUGUCGUACAGCCAACACGAGCAGAUAAUGGUCUGUUUUCGUGCAUUGCAAACAAUGGAAUUGGGAAACCUUCAAGCAAGGAUGUUCAUUUAAUUGUAAUGUAUAAACCAGAGAUAGACAACUCGCCUAUGUUUGCAAAAGGUGCCAGCAAUACUGGUGAUACUGGACGUCUUACAUGUAGAGCUUCUGGGGCACCCAAAGUACGGUUUGCAUGGGCCCGGGAAGGUUCCCCAAUACCUACAAACACAGAUAAAUAUGAUGUGCAGUUUAGGCAGGUGGACCUAGUUACUUAUGAAUCAGCACUCCUCAUCCAUCAUGUUAGGCCAUCAGAUUAUGGAAACUAUGAAUGCAUUGCUAGGAACAACAUAAGUUUUGCCACAGUUACUGUGCGACUGGAUGUAACAUCUGCACCUGACACUCCUUCGGCAUUGACAGUUCUCAAUGUGACUCAUGAUUCAGUCACUGUCUCUUGGGUUCCAGGAUUUGAUGGUGGAGUGCAGCCAACAUAUCGCAUUCGGUAUCGUCCCACAUCAGCAACAUUUGAAGGAUACAAAUAUGUGGAUGUAACUAAACCGGAUUCUAACACAUAUGCAAUUACGGGACUCGAUGCAGCAACUGAUUACACUAUUAGUAUAAUGGCCUUCAACAAACUUGGUGCUAGUAAAUACCUGCCAGAUCUGCUGCGUGCAAAAACUUCAAGCGAGGGCCCUCCCACGAGCCGUGAACUGGGACUCGACUCUGGGGGAAGCAGCAGCGGCUCCAGUGGGGGGCCGAGUAGCCGUACUCCGGGGCUUGUUGUAGCUGUUGCAUCAACAGUGGGUGCAGCACUACUAGCCUUGAAUGUGGCACUGGCAGGCUGGUGUUUGCGCAGGCGUGGGGCGGCUGCCUCAGCUGGCCGUGCUGCAAAACGUCUCACAGCAGCUGCCAGCGAACAGAGCAGCAGUAAGUCGGCAACCAUUGAAAUGUAUGCCCCUAGCAGUUAUAAUGAAACGGUCACUGGUGAAACACUAAGUUCAGUUUCAGAAAAGAGUGAAAGCUACUCAAAUGGAGACAGCAAUCAGGAAUAUCUAGAAGACAACACAAAACCACCAGCAGCAAGUACUUACUUGAUUGACCAGAUGGAGUAUCCUUACCAGUACCCUGCUUAUGAGGUCCAACAUCAGCCAAAGCCUCAUCACGAGGAGGGUUCAGAGACAAUGAACAGAAAUACUUACAAUCCCAGUGUAGAAGGAGCAAAAUUGCAUUAUGCGACACUACCACCACCGCCUAGCCAUGCAGAUGGUCCAUACUACAACAUUUCGCCUGAUGCCCGUUAUGUGGCAUAUCCACCCCAGCUUGAGUUUGCACAUCUGACAGGCUCCUUGCGGCGACCGACAGCUGCUGCUGGUAUGGGAAGUGCAGUGCGUGCGCCGUCUACUGUGCCGCCUCCUGACGUCACAGUUUCCCACAACCCUCCUCCUGUUCCUCCACCAGCUGUUGUGCAGAAUGGUCCCACUCCGCUACUUUCGACAUUCAAUCCUAAUCUUGGUUACCCAGCCUCUGUAGAAGCUGAAGGACAUCUAGUGUGAUUGUGCUCCCUUUGAGUAGAAGAGCUUCACGUGUGGUCUCUUUGGUGGUUGCUGAUUCCAGUGGAAACUGAAGCUGAUUCCAGUGGAAACUGAAGCUUGUGUUUUCAACAUUUUUAAGAAAAUUGGUUACAGUUUUAUGGAGUCAUAUAAUGACUGAAGUGUGUGUUAAUAUAUGUGCCAAAGGCCUAUGAGAACUUCUGGCACUAUCGGUUUCAAAAUGCUACAUUCUGAGCAUUAAUGUGUAUAAGAAUGAAGAGUUUACUCUAGAACAAAUCUCUUUUGUUAUGAGAUGUCUUACACAGUUCCACUUUCAAAAGAAAUUUAAUCUGCAGGAAUUCACCGCUAGUGAAGUAAAUUUGUUGAAAAUGUUGUGUAAUUUUAUAAGUGUGUUGGACUGUUUCUAGGGACAUUGAGGAUCAUUCAGUUUAGUGUAUAGUGCAGAUGGUGCUGUUUUGUUGCUGUGAAUUGCUUACUACUUGCUGUGCUCUGUGUAUGGAUGGAGUGUGAACAAACUUCCAUAUGAAAAAAAAAGAGUUCAUAAGUGUGAGGUAUUGACAGUACAAUGUAAAAUUACUGCGAGGUGCUGGUUUGAACAGAAUGUGACGCUGUUCUCAUAUUGUAGGAACAGUUUAUCUUGAGCUACUUGUGUGAUAGAACAAUAAUAAUUUAUAAACUGCGUUGAACAUGCCAGCUUCGUUUUUUGUAAGCUGCUGAGACUUCUAUCAGUAUGAGAUUUUUAUACUCGAUACAGAUUUGUGUUAUACACAAGAAAGAAUCUCUUCUGUAUAGAAGUUUCACUGUAAUUAUGGUGAUCCACAAACAGCUCAAUCACCUGCAGAAUUUCAGGUGACUCCACAGUUUUUGCAUUAAGACUGAAUAGUUGAACUUAGAUAAACAACACAGUUGGAUACAUGUAAUCUUCCACUUAAUGUCUUUUGAUCUCAAUUUUCUUGUUUGUAUUUGAGGUAUCUUACUAUAAAAGCAUGUUGUAGGUACAUAUAUUUCAGUGUGAAAAAUUUUAUUUUUUCAAAUUACUGCUGCUUUGUGCAUGUACAGAGAUCUCCUUGUGAAAAGAAGAUGUCUUCACUGGGUCUUGGAAAAAGGCCCUUUUUGCAUUUGUAUGCAAUCUAGAAACAGUUCUAAAUUUCACUUACUGUUUACCUGUAGAAGUAUUUUAGAUUGUUUUCAGUGACAAAAAGUAAUGGAUAUUUGCUAUUUAAAAUUUCAGUAUUGAAUUGAUAUUUACUUUAAUUACAUCAUUUAUUUUAAUCGGAAUCUAACAGCCAAAGAUAACUGCGAGUACACUGGCUGUAUAUGAACAAUGAAUUCAUCCGGAAACAGGGCUGAAAUAGGAAAUGUUGUAUUUCUCUAAAUAUACUGUAACAGUAGAACCUUUAAAUUUGUUGCUAUUCAAACUACACAGCAUCAGCACAGAUUCAUACUAGAUGGGCCUGUAAACUGAAGCCUGUUGAGUGCAACACAAUUCUCUUUGAGACAGUUUUACAUUGUUUUAUUCAGAAUGUUUCAUCCUUCCAUCAUUUCUUGUAUCUUGCACUCAUCCAAAUCUGUAUCAACACCAUCUAAAUAGAAAUGAUGUAUUAUUCUGCAUUAUGUGUAAUAUCUCUUUGUUCAUAUUUCAGUUAACUUUUUAUUUUUCAAGGCACCUUCUUUCAGAAAUUAGAAGAUUCAUCUUUCACAGCUUGUAUCUACCACUAAGAUCUUACUUUUAAAUGAUCUGAAAUUAUAAUUCUAAAGUUGGUUGUCAGUAGCUUUGGAAGGGAAAAUGAGAUGUCAGUUGGCAAUGUUUUGCUCGUGUGAUAUACUUUUUCAUUUUUUCGCCUGACUAUGUAUGUUCAUUCCAUGCUGUUGACUAUUUAGUACUAAAGCACUUAUACCUGUUUAAUCGUGAUUAUCUGAAUCUUGUGAUCCAAAGUGACUGAUACCAAACACAGAACUAUCUUUUCUUUACCACCGUCAGUUUCAGGUAUGCUGUUACAGUUCCUUUUGUACUCAUGGUACUGAGGUCAGAAACUUUAGCAGUGAAAGAUUAGCAGUAUAUUGAAUACUUCCUCAUAUGUCAACCAUGUUUCUGAUUAUAAAUCAAUUUUGAUCAAUAUGUGUGUAUUUGUUGACAAUACAGUCUUACAUCAAAUGCAGUGUAAGCCUUAAUACCUUUUACUCCAUUUCCAUAUUUUGCAUUUUCUGCUAUACAAUAAAUUUGUUUGUCCAUAGUAUUUCAUAGUUGCUCUUCAUGAAAAAUUAUUAAUGUAAGGAGACGUAAUAAUCCCUUGAAAGAAUUGUGAUAGUAGCUGUAAGUAAAAUCAAUGAAAUGCUCAUCAUAUCUUACAAAAGAAUUGCUGGAAUAUGUGUCUUGUAAUAAUUGGAUGUAGACUAAUAUGUUAGCUACAACAUCAGAUGAAUCAAAGAGGCCUCCCAACUGAAAUUUCCAUGUGCACUGCAAAACAGUGGUUCUUGAAUUUUUUUUGGAUUCUGAUUGUUGUUGCAUCAGGAAGAAGAGUAAUAGCUUAAUUUUGUGAGGAAAUCAGGUGUAGAAAAUUUCAAAUUUACUAAACAUCUGAGGAAAUUCCCCUGAAAUGUAUUUUUUUUUUAUUUUCCCUCUUUAAUGUUGGUAUGAUCACUGAUACGUUAAUUUGAAUCUUAUACACCUAAUGGACUUUUUUUAUUUUAGUGCCAGUACUUUGAGUGAGCAUCAUUUCAAAAAUAAAUCAGUAUUACUGUGUAGGUUAUCUUUUUGCAGUUGCACUUUGAAAUUUCUUGAACAGUCUCUUUCUUGAAGAGUAACACCCCUUAUUCAUGAAUAUCACACAGUUUGAUUUGCUUCGAGCAACAUAAAAAGACACCAUUCAAUAUAAAAUUCAAAGCAAUUCAUUAACAUAAUCACCUAUAUCAAUAUUAUGUUUACUUUGUACAAUUUUGUAAUGGGGCAUGCUAAAAUAGGUUUUUCAUUUUUUCUGAUAUUUUUAACAUAAAUAAUAAAACAUUUUUCUUUUAAGAUUACCUCCCUGAAGUGGGAAGCUAUUUUCAGUUUGAAUGUUUACUGUAUCACAAGCACCAGACCAUCAGCUCAUAUGAAUAAGUACAUUUUCAAAUGUGUUGAUGUGGUAAGCCAGUGUAGUUGAACUACUGUGCACCACAUAAAAUAUUUCUUCAAUAUUAUAUUAUAUUGUAUUUGUUGCACAAGCAUUUCAGUUACAAACUACUGAGCCACUGAAAGUUGGUAUAUGGGCUGUGUGAAGCUAGAACAAUUAGUAAAAAAAUUAUUUAAACAUCUAUUUUGAUUUUCAAUCUUGUAAUGAAUUAAAGUAUUAUGUAAUCUAACUGUAGUGUAUUCUGGUAUAACUUCUGCUGCAUUUUGUGUGCAUGGUUUCCAAAUUGUGAAAGUGAUGUGAACUAUUUUCUGAUGUGUCACUGUGAUAUCUCCAUAUGAAAAAAUUUCAAGUGUGCUAGGUUCUGAAUGCAGCAAAAGAAAUUCCUACAGGAAUACAAACUACCUUCAUUGUAAUUUUGCAGUUCCCGUUUUAUGAAAAAUGUUUGCUCAAUAAAUGUUUUGAAAUGUGUUUGUAAUAAUCUGAUUAGGUAAAAUGUUGCCGUGUUGAGUACAGAUACAAAAAUGUGUUACAGCUGUGAACACAGUGCUCUUCCGUAAUUUUAAUUGCAAAUUUGUACAGGUAUGCUUCUAGUUAAUGAUGUAUAAAUUAUAUAGCAGUACUGUAAUUAUAAUUGAUACUAUGGACAAUGAAAGUUGAAAGAAUUGUAUUUUUAAUACGGUAUUCUAAUUUAGCAGAUAUUAAAGUGUACAGAAGUCACUUGUUUGACUCAUUAUUCAGAGUUUGUAUAUAAUCACAUACCUUAAAAUAGUUUGAAUGUUAGUGUAUAUGAAUAGUCCAAAUGACAAAAAUAAUAUAAUUUUGUUCAUCAUCAUACAUUUACAGAAACUUAAUAUCUGCUGCCUCCAUGUAAAAUGUCAUUUUAUAAUGUGUAAUAUAUUAUGUGCAGUUAUUGAUAAUCUUGUUUUUAUAACCGAUAUCCACUUGCAAAAAUAUGCCAUAACAAAAUGGAGUGCCUUGUAGUAACUGGCUUUGUGAAUAUAAAAGAAAAAUACUGUCAUGCUCAGUACACAAAUAUUGAGCAUUUCCCAUUUCCUCCUGUGUAUAUCAGUCUGUUAAAUACAAAUUUGUUGUAUAACAAAAGCUA